AUGGUAACAGAUACAUUGUUAAGGAGGUACAUACUUCUUACUUCUUUAGAUGAAUAUGUUAAGGACAUGUAUGCUAAUGACCCAAACUUUUCUAAUAUAUAUGAAUCAUUGGUUACCAAUUCGAGUCUCCUCAAGGCCACUGAGGAGAAUAAAUUAUGUGUACCUAGGUGUUCAAUGAGAGAAUUACUAAUGAAAGUUGAUGUUGGUCGAGUUUGUAGUAUAUGCAUCACUUGUAAAAAUGCCAAGUCUAAGGCUUUAUUACAAGGUUUGUAUUCACCAUUUCCCGUUCCUAGUGAGUAUUGGGUUCAUGUGUCUAUUAAUUUUGUCUUGAGUUUACCUAGAACUAAGAAAUGA